AUGUUCUCUCGGCUUGUUUGCAUCAAUGAUUAUGAACAACAUGCUAAAUCUGUACUUCAAAAGUCUAUAUAUGACUAUUAUAAAUCUGGGGCAAAUGAUCAGGAAACCCUGGCUGAUAAUAUUGCAGCAUUUUCCAGGUGGAAGCUAUAUCCAAGGAUGCUCCGGAACGUUGCUGAAAUAGACCUGUCGACUUCUGUUUUAGGGCAAAAAGUCAGCAUGCCAAUCUGCGUUGGGGCCACUGCCAUGCAGUGCAUGGCUCACGUGGAUGGGGAGCUUGCAACGGUGCGAGCCUGCAGGUCACUGGGAACAGGCAUGAUGCUGAGUUCCUGGGCCACCUCCUCAAUUGAAGAAGUGGCAGAAGCUGGUCCCGAGGCAAUUCGCUGGCUGCAGCUGUACAUCUACAAGGACCGUGAGGUCACCAAGCAGCUUGUGCGGAGGGCUGAGCGAAUGGGCUACAAGGCCAUAUUUGUGACCGUGGACACCCCUUACCUGGGCAACCGCUUUGAUGACGUGCGUAACAGGUUCAAGAUGCCACCCCAACUCAGAAUGAAAAAUUUUGAAACCAGUGAUUUAGCAUUUUCUUCGAAGGAAAAUUUUGGAGAUAAAAGUGGACUUGCUGCAUAUGUGGCUAAAGCAAUAGACCCAUCCAUCAGCUGGGAGGAUAUUAAAUGGCUGAGAAGACUGACAUCUCUGCCCAUUGUUGCAAAAGGCAUUUUGAGAGGUGAUGAUGCCAAGACGGCAGUUAAACACGGUUUGGAUGGGAUCUUGGUGUCAAAUCAUGGGGCUCGACAGCUUGACGGGGUGCCAGCCACUAUUGAUGCUCUGCCAGAAAUAGUGGAGGCUGUGGAAGGGAAGGUGGAGGUCUUCCUGGAUGGCGGUGUGCGGAAGGGAACUGACGUUCUGAAAGCUCUGGCCCUGGGAGCCAAGGCUGUGUUUGUGGGGAGACCAAUCAUUUGGGGCUUGGCUUCCCAGGGAGAGAAAGGUGUUCAGGAUGUCCUUGAGAUACUGAAGGAGGAAUUCUGGUUGGCCAUGGCUCUGAGUGGGUGCCAGAAUGUGAAAGUCAUCGACAAGACAUUGGUGAGGAAAAAUCCUUUGGCUGUUUCCAAGAUCUGACAGUGCACAAUAUUUUCCCAUCUGUAUUUUUUUUUUUUUUUGGCAUGUGUUACUUGACAAAGAGACACU